UACCUAUGUGAGUCUAUAUAAAGCAGAAGCCAUCGACAAAUGUUUCAUCAAAAUUCUCUUACCUAGAUAAAUACUAUUAUUAACUUGUUUAGAGUUCCAACAACAAUGUCCACGACGACAGCGACUACGCUCACAACCCCUUUCUUAUCACUCCCGCCACCACGAUCUUAUAAUCCCUCCUCCUCCUCCGGCAAUUACUUGGCUCGCCGGAGACUCGCCACGUGGAAGCCACGUGGCAAGGCCGUUUGUGCGCUGCACAGAGAUGCAUUUGAUCACGGCUACGACGGCAGGCUUGUGGACCAGGGCAUGAUUGUUCUGAGAAAGCGAAUUCAUGAAGUGAAGGCGGCGGAGGUCGACGAGGACGGCGAUGAUGACGUGGUGUCGUCUGAUUGGAUGGAGUGGGAGAAGGAGUAUUAUGCGAAGAAUUAUGGUGCGGAUGUAUGUGAAGCCGUGGGAAUGUUGCAGUGUCGGUUGAUGAAUACCAGGCCUAGCUUGUCUCUGGUAUUGCUGGGUGUCGUUUCGCUCAGUGUUCCCAUUUCUAUGGGUGUCGUUUUGCUGCGUUUGAUGGAUGUGGCUAAGGAUGUUUUUGUUGGGUUUUCUUAGUUUUUUGUUUUUGUUUUGGAUUAAUUAUUUAUUUGUACUUAUAUAUUAGCUAUUUAAACACUUCAAAUUUUGAAUUAGAUUUUUAGCUUUUUUUUUUCCUUUUUCUUUUAUGAAAGGGGGCAGUUGUCUUGUUUAUGUUGCUUGCACCCAUUUUAGCUGUAUUUUUUUCCUUAUGGAAAUAUACCUGUAUGUAGUAAAUAUAGGAUACUUAAUUUUAUAUUACCAUUAAUUCGCUUCUA